AUGCUAAGCUCUGAUGGAGGAAAUAUUGAUGAUGUGUUCUUCGACUCAACAGAUUAUCUGUCACCUCAAGAAUCUGAUUUAGGUUCCAACCAGUUGGAUUAUGAGAUUUGGGUGAAUGAGCCUCAGAGUGUGAAGGAAAGACGACAACGUUUUCUUGAAGGAAUGGGUUUAUCUGGUUCAUCUGAAAUAUCUUCAAAACCCUCCUUGGGACUAGAGAGAAUUAGGGACGCCAAUGGAGCUGUCUCAAAUAUAGUUGAGAAAGAAACUUCUGAAGCAAAUAUCCUCUUUGAUGAAAUGAAAAUAUUUCCUGAAGAUGAAGUAGAUGUAAGCGUUCAUGAAAACAGACACACAGAAGCCGAGGUCCGAGAAGGACAUUGGGAUUUAGAUAUAGAUAAAAAGAAGAAGAAGAACAAGAAGAACUGGUGGAACAGAUUUGUGAACAAGAGGAGAGAAAGUGGUGGAGAAAAAAUCAGACCAAAACUCAAAAAAGGGGCAAAUAAAACUCAUAGGAUAAAAGUGAGGCAGAACAAGAAGAGGUGGACGGAGUUGAGUGGGUUAUAUGUUGGACAAGAGAUUACAGCUCACAAAGGCGUUAUAUGGGCUAUGAAAUUUAGUCCCAAUGGACAGUAUCUUGCAACUGGAGGUGAAGAUGGAGUUGUAAGAAUAUGGCGUGUCGUGUUACAGGAUAUAUCUAGUGACAGUUUCAAUGCAGAAGACAGUGUUGUUACCAAAGUGAAGCAAGACAUGUUCUGUUCUUGGAAGAAACAGUCAGGUCAAAACCACCUUGUCCUUCCGAACAAGGUUUUUCAAAUUGAGGAAUCACCAUUCCUAGAAUUCUGUGGUCAUUCCAGUGAUGUCUUGGACUUGGCAUGGUCUAAUAAUUCAAAAAUUCUUCUUUCAUCUUCCAUGGAUAAAACCGUCCGUUUGUGGCAAAUUGGAUGUGAUCAAUGCUUAAGUGCUUUCUGUCACAAUGAUUAUGUGACAUGCAUUCAAGUCAAUCCAGUUGAUGAAAAUUACUUCAUCAGCGGGUCCAUUGAUGGCAAAGUCAGAAUAUGGGGAUUACAUGAAAAGAGGGUUGUUGACUGGACAGACAUACACGAUGUGAUAACUGCCAUAAGUUACAAGCCAGAUGGGAAAGGAUUUGCAGUUGGCUCCAUUUCAGGCACUUGCCGCCUUUAUGUUACUUCAGAUCAACAUUGCAGACUGGAGGCACAGGUUAUUAAUGGAAAGAAGAGAUCAAGGGGCAAUAAAAUCAGUGGCAUUCAGUUUUGCCAAGAGAAACAUGAAAGAGUUUUGAUCACAUCAGAAGAUUCCAAAUUUUGCUUAUUGGAAGGGAUUGAUGUUGUCCAGAAAUACAGAGGUCCUUCCAGAUCAGGAAGUCAGACGUCUGGUUCUUUUACAUCAAGUGGAAAACACAUAAUUUCAGUUGGAGAUGAUUCUCAUGUGUAUAUUUGGAACUCAAGUGACUUAAAAAACUCAUCACCUAAACGCAAAAAAUCCACUACUAGAUUUUGUGAAUACUUUUUCUCUGAAGGUGUUGUUGUAGCAGUACCUUGGUCAGGCAUGAACACAGACCAAAUGGCCACUGGUUUAGCUCACUGUUCUUCAGACUUACAACCCCAAAUGCUUAAAGAUAAAGGAGAAUGUUUUUCUCACAGCAAUUGGUUUUCCAUUGAUCAUACGUGUAGAGGUUCUGUGACGUGGCCUGAAGAGAAGCUUCCUACGUGGAAUUCACCUUCUGCAGAAGAAGAUGCUUAUGAUAGCCAUCAUCAGGAGAAGCUAUGUCCUAUGGAUCCUUGGGGUUUAUCAAUUGUGACAGCUAGUUGUGAUGGAAUUAUAAAGACGUUUCACAACUUUGGAUUGCCUGUCAGGCUUUAGAAAUAUAGUGAUUAUCUCAUUUACCAAGUUCUUUUUGCUUGCUCUCAAAUUUAUGAGCCCUUUUCCCAUUCACUUCUUAGCAGAAAGAUUUUUCUACAUU